UGUACAUAGCCAAUUAAUAAAUUCUGCACAUGUUGAUCAGGAACACAUCAUACACUGAUUCAGUGAAGACCCUCUCUUUGUAGUGGAGCAGUAUUGUGCUUUCAGUAAAAACUGUUGAUUACUUGUUAGCACAACUCUGUUGAUAUAAGAAACUAUGGAGCUUUGUGAGGAGUUUUUCGAAGCAAACUCUCCACCAGCUGAUAUUCAAUCCAUCACUGAUGGAGUUACGGAAUUCGUGAGAGAGCAUCAUAUUAAUGGACGGCGCAUUGCAAUGAUAGCUUCUGGGGGUACCACUGUUCCUGUGGAGAGAAAUACUGUUCGUUUUCUGGACAACUUUAGCUCUGGACAAAGAGGAGCUGCGUCUGCCGAAUAUUUUCUCGCUCAAGGAUAUGCAGUGAUAUUUUUGCACAGAAGUUCUUCUUUGAAGCCAUUCCAAAGACACUGUGCAUCAGACAAUCCUCUUGACUGGCUCUCUUACGGUGGAAGAAAACUGCAAGUGGAUACUGCUACAUCUGAGAAUCUUGAGGGGAAGUUGGCGUCCGUGUUACCACAAUACAUUGAGGUUAAGAAGAACAACUCGCUCCAUCUUGUUCCUUUCACAUCUGUGUUUGAGUAUUUCUUUUAUCUGAGGCAAAUUUCGAAUGCUUUAAAGCCGAUCGAGAAACAAGCUCUUUUCUAUCUGGCAGCUGCUGUUUCUGACUUUUACAUAAAGCCGUCAGACAUGCCACAGCACAAAGUUCAAUCAUCAGGGGAACUUCAGUUAAAGUUUAGCCAUACACCAAAGAUGCUCCUACUCCUGACCAGUAAAUGGGUACCUAAAGCCUUUGUGGUCACUUUUAAAUUGGAAACUGAAGAGCCUCUGCUAAUACCUCAUGCAAAGGCUGCACUGGACAAGUAUCAUCAUCAGCUGGUUGUGGCCAAUUUGCUGGAGACAAGAAGAACGUCUGUGACCCUCGUGUGCGUUGAAAAUCAAGAGACGGUAACUAUGAAACUCUCAACUGCUACCAAGGUAUCAGGUAUCUGUGCAGUUAGGGAACUGGAGGACUCAAUUGUUUCUGAGAUUGUGCAAAAGCAUUCCUUCUUUCUAGCAUAGUCCUUGUUAUUGGCAAUUUAUUUGCGAAGUGCACACUUUGUACCGAAUAAGGAUGUUGAUUGUUAAUGUUGA